AUGGCGAGAGAGCCUAGGAAACGCAACCCGAACUUAUAUUGCCACUAUCAUCAGGACCAUGGGCACACGACGGAAAAUUGCAAGAAUUUAUGGGACCACUUGGAACAGUUGGUCCGAGAGGGGAAAUUAAAGCAACUCUUGCAUCACUCCAGCGGUAGGGCAAGUCAAGCAGGCUCAGAGAUGCGUGGGGACGCUUCUUCAAGACUUCCCCUGGGCACGAUUAACGUUAUUUUUGCAGCCCCAGGGAGGACUGGAUCUUGCCCCUCCAGGGUACUGUCAGUGUUCCGACCCUCGGCCGAGGAGCAUUCCCAAGCAUCGAAGAGAGCCAGGGUGGGUGUCCCCCUGAUUCUAGGCUUUUCGGAGGAGGACAUGAUUGGAACCAUACAGCUCCAUGAUGAUGCAUUGGUGGUCACGCUGAGAAUUGGUGGGUACGAUGUCAGAAGGGUGAUGGUAGACCAAGGUAGCGCUGUGGAUAUAAUGUAUCCAGACUUGUACAGGGGGCUAGGUCUGAAGCAAGAGGAUUUAACAACCUACAACUCCCCUUUAGUAAGUUUUGAGGGAAGGAUGGUCGCUCCCAAAGGAUUGAUCAGAUUGCCCGUGCAAGCAGGUACAGAUGUGGUGGAGGUGGACUUUAUUGUUGUAGACGUUUUCUCUCCAUACACGGCUAUUAUGGGCAGACCUUAG